AGAAUUUGGUCAAUGAUGAUACAGUAUUUUAUUUGUUUAGAAUGCCUCAGUUGCUUCAGUAGGUUUUUUGUGUAUGAAUCACAUGGUAAUGAACCUGGAAUCUAUCUGAGGCUUAAAGAUAUCAGUCCUAUCAUCAGGUUUCUGAUCAGUAGGCCAGUAAUUUUUCAUGACAUGUCUCCAGAUAUUAUUACAUUUGAAAAAUCAUUUCAACAAAGGCUCAGUGAGUAUAUGGAUAUCUUGGGUGCAAGAGGUCAUCUGCCAUCAUCUGGUAUACAAAAUGAAUGGUAUUACUAUAUUGAAAGUUUACUGGAACCUGCAGGUUGGCAGGCAAUUUGGAAAAUUUCACGGCGGAAGUGUGAAGAGUUUGAGAUUCAGUUUCCUACACUUGUUGUUGUAAUGGUGAGGGAUGUGAUUUUCCAAGAGCUGGAGGCUGUUGUUGAUAUUGUGGCAGUGCAAGAUGACAUUAGUCUGCCAGAACAACAUGAGGUUCCCUUGACAAGCCUGUAUCCCACAAAGCAACAGGAAAAUGAAGUGCUUGAUAUUAACUGCACAGCAAAUUGCUUAGACCAGCUCAGGUUCUUUUACAAUCAUCUCUGGCGGCCAUGGGACUGUGAUGAUGAAAACCAGGACUGGCUGUUUAUCCAUCUUGAAGCUCGACUUCAAUUGUACUAUGACAUGCAAUCGGGAGUAGUGCUGCAUGAGACUGGGCAACAUAUUCGUUUGUUACUUCAAGAAGCGAGAGAAAUUGAACAGAAGAUUCAAGCUGCACAAGAACAAGCUGACUCAGAUGAAAUAGAUGAGACUGGUGCUUUGGCAAUGAUGGAGCUACAGAUCCGACGGGAAGAAAUCAAAAGAAAAAUUGAAAUUCUAGAAAAUCCAUUAAUGAGGAAUCUUGUGGUAAAGAGAAAAUAUGAAGUCGUGCAAGCAAGGAGACAGCAUCGAGAACACUCGCAUGAAGUGUGUUUUGUGUGGCUGGGUGGUACAGUAGAUGCUUUCAUUAACACACUGACACAAGUGAGAAAUUUUGUUCAACCUGAAACAUAUAUCAAGUCAUGCCCACUGCUGCAGGAAGCUUUGGAUAAAGCAAUUGCUGGAGAUACAAUAAUACUUUGUCCAGGGAUCCAUCAUGCCUCCAGUACUGGCGGACUUGAGGAGGGUGGCAACAUUAUGGGAUUCCUUGAACCAUCUGCCACAACUAUAGCGGCCCAUGAACCAGGAAAUGUAUUACUGGACUGGUCAGCAAAUGUUACACUAGAAAACAUAGCAAUCGAUGCUCAUUUCGUACAGAUGGCAUUAUCUGUCCGAAAUGGGACGGUACGAAUGCGAAAUUGUUGUGUUGUGGGAGGAGGUAACACAAGUAGCACUGGGAUUCUUGUACUCAAAGGUGGCCACUUAGAAGCACAAACUUGUGAAUUUCUGAAUUUUGGAAAUGGCAUUGUGCUUGAUCAUGAUGCAAAAGUCACAUUAACAGACUGCAAGAUCACGUCUUGUAGUACAGGAAUAAAGAUGUGUGAAGAUUCGACCAUUAUGCUGGAGAAGUGUCAUGUGUCAGAUUGCUCUGAGUACGGUGUCAAAAUUGAGAUUAUCCAGCAAUUUGGUGAAGGAGCGGACAGUCGACGUGUGGGGUCAGUUGUUAUGUUAGAAAGUUUUCAGAACAUUACACUGGAUAAAACUACAGUUGAUGGAAACAAGAAAGGUGAUGUGUUGAUGGUGCAACAGCUAGACAAUAUCCUGUAUGAGUCUGGUGAUUCUGGGUGCAUUUCUCAUGAGACCGAACCAGACAUCUCCGCAUGAGCUAGCUUGCGUCGCAGCCAGCCGAUUGCGAUGUGCGUGGUGCAACGUGCGAAUCCGCGUACCUUGCGACAAAUAUUGUUCAGAACAGCAAUUGUUUUUUAAAACAAAUAUUAUAUGUAUGUUUAAUGAUUCUAAUUUUACUGAUUAUUGAUAUUUCUACUGAUGUCUUUAAUGUGUUCUAAUAUGUCUAUUUGAAAUUAAGAAAUAUAUCCAUUAUGAUAAGCUUGUUUCCAGGCAGCAGUUUCAAAACUUCCCACUUCUGUUUUUUUGUGUGUGUGUAAUCACACCUUUGCAUUAAAAACGUAUUCCAGUCAACAGGCAUGACUAAUGCUCAGACAUCCUGGAGGAAUCUUCAUGCCUGUGUGAGGCAGAUGGUCAAGUGCAUAAAUUCUGAUUAGUAGCACUGAAGUUUUUGUUUCAUAGUGCAGAUGUUACAUUUUAAAAAGAUUUUACUUUUGUUCUUACAGUUCCAGUCAAAUAUUGUCCUGCCUUAGUUUUCUAAUACAUUUUAGUCUACCUUCUUAAUGAAAAUGUGUAGGCCUAUGAUAUCACUGUGCUCUGUGCGUGUUUCUUUUUGAUGUUUGAACCAAUUGCUUAAGUUUAAUAAACAUAACCUUUGUUGAAAACAUU